CAAUAUCCUGAUACUUUGAAGACUUUCUCACACUCCGAAACAACUCCUGAGCGCUUUCAUAGAAAAUGUCAUUACGCCGUUUUCUUUCCAACGACCAGCUGAAAGACUUUGUGUCGUGGCCGCGAUCCAAGGAAGUCUCGUCCUCCGCUGCAACACUUUUUUUCUCACUACGCUCAUAUAAAUACAGGAGAAGUGGAUCCCCUGACUCAACGUACCAUGGGACUCCGAACGCUCUUUCAUCAAUGCUUUCCGCCGCAUUCAGAUAGUUCAAACACCAUGGAUGCACAAUCAUUGCUCAGGGAAAUCUUCAAGGGCCUGAAAGCGACAUUCGAAGUCCUUCAUACAGUAUUUGAGGAUUGUCCCGUGCCGGGCGUCAAAGCUUUUCUUGGUAUCUGUUGUGAUACUAUGUCUAUGCUUGAGACGGGCAUGGUCAAUAAACAUGAUUCCCAAGAACUUUAUAUCUUGAUACCCGACAUCAAUGACAGAUUUUCCCGCUUGCUUCAGCAAUACAUCGACCUACCUGAAGACCUUCGCGACAGAGUUGCCGUAGUUGUCAGCCGGACUGAAGAAUUCCAUCCUGAACUCCAGAAGAUUCUCGAGAAGGGAACAUUGAGACGCGCAUUCACAGCAUCGGAUGAUCGUGCUUUGAUUGCCCGAUAUCUGAAACGCGUGAAAGACGCUUUGGAUAUGGUCACGACAGAGGCUGCAUUACACGCAGCGAUAGACACCUCGUUCCUCGUGAAUAAUAGUCUAUUUGGUGCGCUCGAAUGUGUACAUGACGCUUCAUGGAACGCGGCUUCCGGAGGCAGCGAGUGCACCGAAGGCACGCGCUCAGAGAUCUUGUACAAGUUCUCUUCCUGGUUGGACAAUAUUUCUCAGCCCCAGAUCUUCUGGAUUAACGGCAUGGCAGGUACGGGCAAGACGUCCCUAGCAAAAAGCAUGGCUCGUAUCGUGUCGAAUACUAGUAAUGUUCUUUGGGGAUCGUUUUUCUGCUCUAGGCGCAAUGCAGACCGAAGAGAUAUCCGUCGCAUUAUUCCGUCUAUCGCCUUUCAUCUCGCUGCAGCCAACGGAGCAUACUGCCGUCAGGUGCUGAAGGUCGUACGGAACUCGAAGCUGGGAUUUGUAAGGAUGCCGCCACCGGAGCAAUGGGAGAAGCUGAUCGUCAAGCCGUUACAAGAUUCGGGGUUGGACUCGUCGCCCAUCCUGAUUGUUGUGGAUGGGCUUGACGAAUGUGACAAUUUGGACAAGGAUGGCUGGCUUCCGCUCUGGAAGCAAAUCCUUGGAUCCUUGUCAGACCUGCCCGGGCUGAAAGUCCUGGUUACUUCUCGGCCAAACGAUGUCACCCGUGUUCACUCCCCGCUUCGAAACGUUUCCGUCAUAGACCUCCAUACCUUUCACUGUGAAACCGACAUACAGUUCUUCGUUCGUGAAUGUCUAGCCAAACUCGGCACGUCGAACCCGCCACAAUGGCCGUCCGACGAGCACGUAUCCCAGAUCGCGAAGCAAUCGGACCACCUUUUCGUUUAUGCAGCAGAAAUAUGUCGCCAUGUAGAAUCCCCUGGGUCCCCAGAACAGCAACUGAAUAAGUUGCUGGAAAAUAAUUCAGGUUCCGGUCUAUUGGUUGGGAUGGUGCGAUUCUACGGGCGCAUUCUGGCCUCUGCCCUUCGUUUUCUCAAUGACGAGAAAAUCGAAGAGUGUCGAGCUAUUCUGGGCAUGCUUGUACUGCAGAAAGAACCCACGCUUUCUCUGCAUGAUCUUUCCAUCCUCCUUGAGCAUGAUGUGUCUCAUGUGCGAGGCUUGCUGACUGGCUUUCACUCAGUUCUCCUCAUACCUACCAGCAAUAACGAACCCGUAACAGUCUUUCACCCUUCAUUUACCAAGUUCAUCACUUCCCACGACCCCUGGAAGGGUAUUUGUGAUGUUGAUGGAUGUGAAAGGAGGCAAUGUCAAGAUCACCCAUUACUCCACUUCCCACAGUUUUACGUGGGCGCGAAGCAGUACCAUUUGAAUAUCACGAUGACACUGUUACGAUUCAUGAUACCAAAUAUCUCUUCCCAAGGAUAUGGUCCACACAUCUCGUUGAGCACCAGGCGCCCUAAUCAACGUCCUAGCUCAGCCCUCGAGUACGCUUGCAGGCAUUGGUCCCAUCACCUCCAAUUAUCAUCUUCCGACGAACAGCAAGACAUUCGCGCUCUGGCUGAUAUUCUCGCGCGUUUCUUAAAGGAAAGAGGCAAAGACUGGAUAGAUGUCAUGUGUUCCUUGAGCUACGAAUGCCUGCUUGAGUCUGUGCGCGAUAUUGAAUUGGCCGACACAUGGCGGCAAAUGCAUUCAUCUUUGCUCUCUUCAUCUAUGGAUCAAUACCUAAAACAACAACUUAACAUAUUGCGCUCCAGCGCCAUCUCUUCUGUUUUACCCGGAGGUGUGCCCGCUGAGAAUGCUCCGCAAGUACAGUUCCCAACCAUGCACCCAGAAACACUACCACAAAAAAGUCAAGCUGAAGAACUGGAAGAGUGGCCUUGUUGGCUUCGCCCAGCAAAUCCUAGUUCUCCAUGUGUUCAAAUGCCUGAGCCCGAUCUCCAAGCAGGGUCGUAUUUGUCUGCAGAUUCCUUUCCGGGAAUUAUGCGUAUGGGGGUUCACUUUCCGUCAUGGGGCCAUGGGGAACGGGUGGUUUGAAGAAAAUUGUCAGGAUUCGUCGAGUACAGGCUGUGCUGGUUGCGGUUCGCCGAAGAGUUUUUCAACACCGACAAUGUACUAUAGACUACCUCUGCUUUUUGUACUUCCACAGCAAUAUAACUUAAACGCUGAGCGCUUGAGCGCUGAAUAUUUGAAUACCUGAAUAGCUUCUCCUUCCAAAAAAAGGCCACGGAUUU